GUCACUAGAUCUGUCAGUCAUUUUCUGUGCCUCCGACUGUCAGCUGCUCUUAUUGUAGACUCGACUUUCGUUUAUUUAUAGUAAAAGAAAAUAAGUGGCUUCAAAGUUUACGAAAAUACUAAAAGUGGUACCAUAAUACAAAAUAAUGAGUUUAUUGGAAAAAGAGUGGUAUAUAGAAGCUCCGUGGGGCAGGAUAGCAAUAAUAGCAUGGGGUAACUGCACGGACCCACCGGUGUUGCUAUGCCACGGCAGUAUUGACUCUGCAGUAAGCUUCAGACCACUCGUCAGCUUACUGCCAAAGAACUUUUACUAUAUCGCUUUAGACCUCCCCGGUAACGGCAAGUCGGACCGGUUCCUCCCCGGGCUCAUGGUCAGCGUGUUCGACCUGGUGUACUCGCUGCACGCCGUCGUCACGCACUUCCGCUGGAACAAGUUCAUUUAUAUUGGUCACUCUUCCGGGGCUUACUUGGGUAAGCUGUACAACCUGUGUUACCCAGACGAGAUAGACCGGCUCGUAGACCUUGACGCUAUCAACUUCACAGCUAUUGAACCAGAAAACUUCACCUUAUGGUACAGAACAUGUUUCACAGAGUUCUUUGAGAAUUACGAGAAGUUUAACGCGCCCAAAGGGAAGGCGCCGAGGAUUAAGUGGACCGAGGCUCUUAAGACGCUACGUGAGAACCGCCCCACUCUGUCCGCGGAGCAGGCCUCCGCCGUACUGGAGAGACUGACGGAGCCAGCCGGCGAGGGACACAUCAGGUACACUUACGACCUCCGAAUGAAGCGGUUGAUGGCGCCAGCUUACUCGCCAGAACAUAUUCGUAGACUAUACACCAACGUUAAGACGCCCAUACUAUCUAUAGUGUCCAAGGAGUCUCUAGACGCACAGCUGUUUAGAAACACAACCUUCUUACUCGACGAGACACAAUAUCCCGCCAAAAACCUCAGGUAUAGGGAAAUUAUAGGCGGCCAUGAUGCUCAUAUCAGCAGUCCAGAGAAUAUAGCUACCUUUGUUGGGCAGUUUCUGCUGUUUGGAUUAGAGGGUCUCGAUAAUAAAGCUAAAUUAUGAUUAAGAUUUUUUUAACUUAGAAAUAUAUAUUGAAAAUAUUGUCUUUCUUGGUUGUUUAGUGUUGGUCUGGCACAAGAAUUUAAAAAUAAGACUUGACAUUUGACAGUUAAGAAUGAGUUGCAAGCAAAGAGGUUGUUUUAAGUUUUUUAUAUUUCAAUGUCUAAUGUCCAACUUAUAUAAAUCCUACUAUUGGGCACAGACAUUUGCCCAUGUAAAGAAGAUUUGAGCAUUUAUCUAUAUAUGAAAAGCAUAGUCAAAAUAACAAGGAAACCCAUAGAACACACUCUUAAUACUGU